UUUGAUAUGGAAAAAAGUUGCAACUUCCCCUUUUCUUUCUAACUAAACUAAACCUUUCACCAAUUAACAUCCUCAAUAAAAGCCAAUCAUUUCUCCCUCAUUCCUCACAUAAAAACAUAAAUUAAGUAUUAUCAAGUAGUAAUCUCAAAGUGUCCUAAACACUAAUCUCAAAUCAACAUUCAACACUCUUUAAACAAAUACUUCACUAAAAAUGAAGAAACAGUUUUUCUUCUCUGCCUCAAUUCUGCAGCUACUAAUCUUCACCUUCUUCUAUUCCACCACCACCACCACCUCAGCACAACUCUCACCAGUUCAAGCUCCACAAUCAUCAUCACCAGCACCAGGUUUUAACACAGUUCCACUUGUACCAGUGUCUCCAAGUGGGUCCCCCACUCCAAAUAUUAUCCCAAAAACACCCUCCAUUGACAUUAUCCAAAUCCUCAAAAAAGGCAAAAGAUUCUCAGUUCUAAUUCGCCUUCUCAAAACAACUCAAUUAAUCAACCAACUUAACUCACAGCUAGUUACAACAUCAUCAGAUUCUGGUGGCUUAACACUUUUUGCACCAGAAGACAGUGCCUUCACAAAACUCAAACCAGGCUUCUUAAAUUCCCUUAGUGACAGACACAAAGUUGAACUCUUACAAUUCCACACACUUUCUUCUUUCGUUACAAUCUCGAAUUUCGACACCUUAACCAACCCGGUUCAAACACAAGCCGGCGAUGAUGCCAAAAGGCUACAACUUAAUGUAACUACUUCCGGCAGUAGCCAUGUUAGCAUGACAACUGGUGCGGUUAACGCAACAGUUACAGGAACAGUUUAUGCAGACAAUAAACUAGGUAUAUAUCAGGUUGAUAAGGUUCUUGUUCCUCUUGAUCUUGUGCUUCCUCCUGCUAAAGCUCCUGCACCUGCGCCUGUUUCUAAAGGAGAUUCAUCUAAGCCUGAUGAUAGAAGCAAGUCAUCAUCAUCAUUUGAUGAUGAUGAGAACAAUAACUUGCCUGCAAAAGCUUCUUCUGGUGCUGGUUCUUCUAACAUGAAGGGAAUGUGGAUAGCUCUUGUUGUUGGGAUUGCUUUUGCUUGGUGGUGAAGGCAUGAUAUCUAUGAAGCACGGAGCCACUGACACUCCUCGGAUUAGGCUUGUCCCUGACACCGACACUUAUGUCAUUUUCUCAAAUUAUUAUAGGUGUCGACCUGCCAGUGUCCGGUGUUUGUGUCAGUGUCAGUACUUCAUAGCAUGAUAUCUAUUUGAUGAUAAUGAUAUUUUUGUGUUCUGUUUCAGGUUUUGUGAAUGAUCCAUAUGGAACAUCAUAUAUAUUUUGUGGUUUUGCUUUGUUUAAAUGAUGAUGUUCUUGGUCAUUUAGCAUAGGUUGAAGACAUAUUUUGAAAGUUGAUUCUGUGUAUAUCUAUGUUUUGAAAUUUAAAUUAUUUUGAUUUUGUA